AUGUCUACGGCAGUGGAAGUAACCGGGUACAUCAUGUGUGUCAUCAGCUGGCUGCUGACCGGAGCCUGUCUGGCCAACGACUACUGGAAGAUCUCCACCGUGUCGGGCAGCGUCAUCAUCUCACAGCGGCAGUUUGAAAACUUGUGGCACUCCUGUGCCGAGAACAGCGCCGGCAUCGCCGAGUGCCGUGACUUCGAGUCGAUGCUGUCGCUUCCUGAACACAUCCAGGCGUGCCGCGCCCUCAUGAUCAUCGCUCUGCUCCUUGGACUCGGGUCCAUGGUGGUGGCCCUGCUCGGACUCAAGUGCAUCAGGAUCGGAUCGUCCACAGACCAGGCCAAAGCCAAGAUGGCCUUUGUUGGAGGAAUCCUGAGCAUCCUGGGCGGUCUGUGCUGCAUGAUCGCCGUCUCCUGGUACGCCUUCAGAGUUGUGGAGGACUUCAAUAACCCUUUCUUUGGCGGCGUCAAGUUCGAGCUGGGCGAGGGUCUGUACUUGGGCUGGGGCGGGUCGUCUCUCUCUAUCCUGGGCGGAGCUAUGCUCUGCACUGCUUGCAAAAAAGCGUCCUCUGGUGGAAAGAUGGGUGGUUACCAAGGAAACCCGGCACAGAAGGUCUACAAGGCAGCGGCCCGGUCGGAGCCAGAGUCAUCCAGAGCAUAUGUCUAA